AUAUCCUAUUUGGUGUGGAGGUCUUGAAGGCUCGUAUCCAGGGGGCGGAGCUAAGCCAUCGUGCGGGCAGCGGCGGGAGGCCAUGGCAGUGUGUGGUGCUGGUCUGACUUGGGUUGUCGCGUCUCACACGGUCAGUACUUGUUGAAAGCGCGAGGUGUGUGGACGCGCUCUCGUGUCUCCCCCGCCUUGGUCUGGACUUGCCCUUCGGUGGAACUUGUGUUUUGGUUUCCCACUUGCACCGGUGAGGCCUGUGUCUGGCUCUGUGAGGCUCGGCGCGACUGCCAACCUGCGAGUCUGUGGUGUCCGUCCCCUGUGGUGCCGCUGUGACAUAUCCCCAAGAGAAAUAUUCGAGAGAUAAACAGAAAGAAGAGAGGGAGGGAUUUCGAUGAGUGCUCGCUGCCUCCCGCUGGGGAAAUGACAUCACGGAAAACUGUCGCGGCUUUGACGAUGUGGGGUGUGGGAGUGCUCCUGACGGUGGUGGUGCUGGGGGCGGCGCAGGGCGUGACGGCCCACCCCAAGGACCUGAGGCUCAUCAACAACGGCUACGAGGGGCUGGUGGUGUCCAUCAGCGACACUGUAUCUCAGGAACACUGCAACCACGUCAUCCACGGCCUCAAGAGUGUGCUGUCGGAGUUCUCGGGGAUGCUGUGGUCGGCCACGGGCGGGCGAGCGUCGCUGAGGGAGGUGACGGUGGCGCUGCCGAGGACGUGGCGCACCGACGCCCUCACGUGCUCCCUGCUAAACCCCCUCACCGCCGCCGCCGCAGCCCCCACCGAGGCACACAUACGCGUCACCAGCUCCCACCCGGUGUUUGGGCCGCGGCCGUGGGCCCAGCAGAGCCAGAGCUGCGGCCGCCAGGGCGACUACAUCCAGAUGGGCGGCGACCUGCUGAUCGCCACCACCAACGACACCUACGCCUACGCCUCCCGCCUCCUCCUGGCUGAGUGGGUCAAGUUCCGGUGGGGCGUGUUUGAGGAGAGGGGCUUCCCCGACGACGAUGUGUACCCGACCACCUUUCGUGACCCCAAGACCACCGUCCCGCGGCCCAACACCUGCUCCGUGAGGGACUCCAAGCCGGUGCCCUUCUGUGCCACGGCGGCCCACACCCCCGAGGCACCCACCAAGCACAACGCCCAGUGCAACGGCCGGCCAGCCUGGGACAUCAUCCUUCAGUCUCAAGACUUUAUCGGGGGAAGGAACAGCCCGGGUAACGCCAGCGCAGCGCUGCUGCCGGCGCUCAACUUCGUGCAGGAGAGCGCGGCGCGCAUCGUGCUGGUGGUGGAGGACACGGCCGUCAUGAACAUGCAGCGGCGAUGGGAGUUCGUGCGCAAGGCCGUGCGUCGCGUGGUGGUUUACGACGUGCCUGACGGAGACCACGUAGCCCUGGUGGUCUUCAACUCCGUGGCCCGCACCGCCGCGCCGCUCUCCAGGAUGGAUUCCCAGACAGACGUGCGGCAACGCGUGGGCUCAUCGCUGCCCCGCAAUCCUUCGCCAGUGCCGGAGAGCAAUAAGUGUCUUCUGUGCGCCAUCCAGGAGGCCCUGCGCGCCCUAGACGCAGACCCUGCAGGCGCUGCGGGUGCCACGAUUAUUCUGGUGACCACCGGCAAGGGCGCGGCGCACCAGAGGGAAGUAGAAGAGAUGCAGCGUCUGGCCACAAGCCGCGAGGUGCGGGUGGACACGGUGCUGUACCCGGUCACGGAACGACGCGGUGGAGGAGGCACUGCCACUGACACACUGCAGUCCGUUGUGUCGGCGACGCGUGGUUCUUCUUUCUCGGUAAUGGACGAAGGCGUCGGCAACGACUCCAAGGUGAGCAUGAUGGUGGCCCUGAUGGACGCACUGCUGGCGGCCGUACGACGCAGCGAGCCUCCGGCGGCGCCCGGCACGCCCGUCAUCAUUCACAGCCGCGCCUUCCCCGGCGGCAUCGCUUCCAUGUCUGAAGGAUCCUUCACCCUCGACGACUCGCUCGGGGCCGACGCGCGGCUGUCCAUCUACUACUACGACCUGAACCACGUGGGCAACACUGUGGAGCUGACGGCGCCCUCAGGAAAGGUGACCUCCUCCGUCAACAUGCAGGAGGAAGACGGCGACGCCAACGUGAUCUUCGUCAACAUCCUGCAGGCGGAGCGUGGCAAGUGGCGGUACCGCGUGGAAAACCGCGCCGACUCCCACCAGGGGCUGCACAUCCAGGUGUCGGCCAAGGAGAGCGGCGCCCGCAAGAUCAGCCUCCGCCUCUGGACCAGCGCCGCCAACAACGUCAUCAACGCGUCGGACCCGUCGCUGCCCGUCAUCAUCUACGCCGAGGUGAAGGACGGCGAGGUGCCCGUCAUCAACGCCAAGGUCACAGCGGAGCUGCAGCGCCUCGGCACCGACACCAAUGGCAGCGCCUACCACCCGGUGCUCGUCGACCUCUACGACAGCGGCUUCGGCGACCCAGACAUCACGCAGGGCGACGGCGUGUAUUCCCGCUACCUGCCGAGCCUCCGAGGCGGACCAGGCCACUACCAGCUCAGCGUCGCCAUCGACCACAACAGCGGCCUCGCCCUGGCGCCCAUAAACGACGCCUUCACGCGCCACGGACGCAUGUAUGCCGACAAGAACAGUAUCCCGUGCUGCGGCAGCAAGAUCAAGUACGAGCACGUGAAGCCCGUGCAGGCCUUCCAGCGGUCAGUCAUCUAUGGCGUGCUGGAGGUGGUGGCGGCGCCGCCCUCCAAGGACCUCGAGCAGCCACAGCGGGACAUAGUGCCGCCCAACCGCAUCCUUGACCUGCGCGCCUUUGUCAACCUCACCACCCGCGAGGUGUCCCUGCGCUGGACUGCCCCCGGUGAUGACUAUGACUGGAACCGCGCCCACCACUACGAGGCGGUGCUGGCAGACUCGUGGGGCGAAGCCAAGGCCUUCGACGGGGACCGCGUGAGCGGCAUGCCCGUGCCCGUGCUGGUGGGCACCGAGCAGGCCGUGGCUAUCCAGACGGACCGCUACGACCAGAUCGUGUACGUGGCCAUUCGUGCCGUGGACGAGGCGGACAACCGCGGCGGCGUGAGUAACAUCGCGUCCAUGUGGGUGCCGCGGCCGCCCACCACGCCGCCGCCCGUCACCAUCGCCCACACGGCCGCUCCCACCAACGACCUAACGGAGCCGCAGGGCCGCAGCGUCACGCAGCCGGUGCGGGUGGCCGGCAUCAGCCUGGAGGACAUGGCGGUCAUCGUGGGGUCAGUGGGCGGCUUCCUCAUCAUCGUGGCGGUGUUGGCCACCUUCUGCUACUGCCACGUGGCGCGGCGCCGCCGCCACCACCACAAGCAGGAGAGCGAGAAAAUGGAGGCUAACCGCAGCGUCAUCAUCAAGACCAACUCGUCGCUAAUGGUAGACCAAGACGAGACUCACGACUCGCAAGACAGCGUCGUCAAAGAGGGCGAGGCCUCUACCGCCAAGGACGGCAGGCCACUCUCGCCCAUCCAGUCGUGGGGCGUCUCAAAGCUGUUGCAGGAGCACGAGCGGCGGGUGUCCAUGACGAGCGGGCCGCUGCUGGAAGCGGCAGGCUCCCUCCAACACUACCAAAACAUGCAGGAGCCCUUUCCCGACGUGACCCUAACCGGCACCCACUCCUACCCCAGCUCGCAGACUCCCUCCACCACCCACUCGGAUCCUCCAGCCUAUCAGCCGCCCUACACCACAGAGGCCUACGUGCCCUACCCGUACCCAUAUCACCCAGGCUACAGCCAGGAGGAGCUUCCCCCCUACACCCCCGGCCUCUCCUCCCAAUCCUCCCAGGCCUCUACCGCCUACACGCACGAAAUCGCCUCCCAACCUUCGGAAAUGUCUUACCCUGUCGACCCCGCCAACUACCCCGCAGAGAUGCCGUCCUUCGUCGGAGAGAUCGCCUACACCCAGGCCCAGCCCCAGCCCCCCAUGUACGCCCCGGUCCCCGAGGAGGCCGUCCCCGCCACCAGCCAGGCCCCCGUCAGGUCAAAGGUCCCGCCCCCUGUGGCCCCUAAACCCCCGCUGGCCGCCCGCGCCGCAGCCGUCGCCGCUGCCGCCACCACAGUCACCACAGCGUCUGUGGAGCCGAAGCGUCGUAAUGUGACUCAAGUGUGAGUGUCCCCGCACCCCCUUCACCCUCCCGCAUCCCUUCCCCCCCACGGAAAGAAAAGGAUGAAAGCGCUUUAAGUGUGAAUAUCAUUGUCGUCAUCGGCUUCAUCGCCCCCCUCCCUUCACACGCCCCGCCCCCCGACACCCGCCCCCCUCCCCUCCUUCCCUUCCUCCCCACUGUAUCCUUCGGGUCCUCUUUUGUAUGGAGUUUUUUCAACGUACGAUGAUAAGACUUUGUUGUGUACGUAACAUAAGUGUCCAGUGUAUGGAGCAAAAAAAUAAUAAUAAUAACAAUUCCAUGUUGUACAGAAUGUUGUUGGUUGUAAGCUUUGCUCACAUCUAGUCAUAAUUGUAUAGUUUAGGUUCUCUCAUCGGGGUCCUCGUGCAGUAGAGCGGCGCCGGGGCCCCUCAGUGGACAGCGAGACCCGCGACGCCCACCGCCACUGUACCGAUCUCAAUAUAUCUUGUAUGUCUGUGAUAAACUUCGUAAAAUAAAGACAAUCAUGAAU